AGCCGUGUUCACCUGACCUGUCGAAGUCGAAAACAAUUUUUGAUUGAGCGUGGUUUACUGUUUUUCUGAGAUUUAAAAAUCUAAUUUAUUUAAAUAACCUUUUCGCAUCGUGUGAAAUUUGUUCACGGACCGCGAAUCUACGAGUCAAAAAUGUCGGAUGACCGUAAGGACUCCAAAGGAGAAGAUCAUAUCAACUUGAAAGUGCUAGGAAAUGACAACACCAUUGUCCAGUUCAAAAUUAAAAAGCACACAGCUUUGUCCAAGCUCAUGAAAGCUUACUGUGAGAGAGUGGGUUUUGCCAUGGCAGCAGUCAGAUUCAGGUUUGACGGCACACCAAUCAGCAAGGAUGACACACCAGCCUCCCUUGAAAUGGACGAAGGAGACACCAUUGAGGUGUACCAGCAGCAGACUGGAGGCAGUUAAGUCAAAAUCAUCAAAUUCUUUUCCUAUAAGUUAAGUUGAAUUUCUAUUGGAUCUGUUUAAUGUCUUUUUUCUUUCCUAGCAGUUUUAAAAUGUUCUGAAAAGAUGCUUUCAAACUUAUUCACUCAAGCUGUAAUUUUUUUAAUGCUCAAAUUCACUGUCGUAUCCUUCAGAAUGGUAUGAUAUUGGAACCCAGAAUCUAACAGAUAAUUGCUGAAUUUUGAAUACCUGCUGUCAUUUAGGUACUACAAGAAAAAUAUUUCAAAUUGCUCAGCACCUAUUUUUUCCUCAUGCCUACCAUAUUGACAACUAAAUAUGAAAUAUGGGUAUCUCAAUGGCAAUGUUUAGAAAUCUGUGUUAAUCUUUUAUUUUCUUCAAGGAAAUCUGACCAUAGCCAUUGAUAUAUUUGUUUAUAAUUAACAAGCAAAGCUACAUGAGAAAGUAAAUUGAAUCAAAAUAUGUAUUUGAUAAGGAAGAAUGGGUGGUCACGAGUGUUAUUGUAUUUUCUGCAAUUGUUGGAGAUUCAGAGUCGUGUAUAAGUGACAUUUUGUACUUAUGGAAAGGGGGGUUGUAGAACUACCUGAUGAACCUCUUAUUAAGUGGAUUGGAGGGGGUUGGGGUAAAAAAUGAGUAGAAAGUGCCUGAUGUCAUCAAUAGAUAGCUCUUUAUUGAUGGUCUAAGUUCUGUAUCUUUUUAGUCCACUUAUAAUUGGUGUAAUAAUCUUGCAUUUUGCUAAAUUUUGAUGUCCUAAUCCCUUAUCUUAUGAAAGGAUUGAAAAUUAUACUGUCUCAAAACCGAUCUUUUUCAUGAUCAAUAUUUUCCCCUUCAAACUGAAUGCUGAGGUCAUCUUUUUGUUUUUGGGACUUCUUCAAUCUUAAGAUGAGAGCCUGCAGUUAGAUUUCAUAACAAGUAAAAGUCACUAUAAUGCUUCUUAAAACUUGAAUCAUUUUUCAAUGAUUAAUAUUUUCCUCCAAAUUUUCCGGACGUUUUUUCUACUUAUAUUUUUAGCUUUUGAUGCUACAGAAUUUGUAACAGAAGUUCUUUUUAAAACAUUUUUAGCUUUUCUUUAAGUUCUGAUCCAAUUCAACUUUUACUUUUUGCUUGUACAGAUGUAUAUAUCAUGAUGACAGUGGUUGCCACUAGAACUUGUAAAAUUCGAUCAAAGCAGCUUCUUUCUGUAAAUAUUAGUUAAAUAAGAAGAAAGAAAAAAUUAAACACAAAAUUAUCUGAAGUGUAUAAUAUAUGUUUUACAGCUCUUGCGUUUUUCCAGUCAUUGUGACAUCAAAUUCCUCUUGCUUCGUUCUUAAAGUUGAAAUUGUGCGUUGAACUCACUUACCUAUUAUGUAAAUUCACUACAUUUUAUUCUUCUUUUUUUAUCACAAUAAUUAGUAAUAUCUAUUCUUUAUUUAUUAUUUUAACGUUACAUCUUUAAACUUUCUCACGUACACAACAAUGCACAUACAUAGCUAAUCAUUUGCAUCAUACGUCUCGAUCAUUUUCUUUAGAUUAACUCUAAAGUAGGACUGUAAUACAUAAAAUAAAAAAAAAAUUUAAGAAGGUGUAAUCGCAAUCUAAUCCCUUCUCUUUUAUGUCUCCAUUUUCUCUAAAGUAACCCCCAUUUGCUGUUGUUUAAGGUUUUGAAACGCAUACUUACAUUGGAAAGUUUCCCAGUCAAAAUACAAUUUGUAAUAAUUGAGGGAUACGUAUCGAGGAAUACUUUAAAAUGUUUGAGUAUUUAAUCAGAAAAACCUUUCUACUUCAGCAUUAAUUGGACCGUGUUCAGCAAGGAAGCCAAUUCCAUUGCGGU